AUGCCUGCCAGCAAAACUCCGAUCGGCACUACAGAGCUUAGCGUUCAGGGGCUUGGUGUUGUGAAGGGCCUGAGCUUCCCUAACAACAUCCACCAAUUCAGUGGCAUUCCUUACGCAUCGCUCUCCAAGCGUUGGACACGCUCACAACUCAGGACUUCGUGGCCUGACGAUUUUCACGAUGGGACAAAGCUGGGACCCAGCGCACCAAACCCGCCGGAGUACAAUACACCUGAAGAUAUCCUUAUCCCAGUUGACAUUGCGCCCCAUUUUGAAGAGCCAAUUGAAGAUGAACUCAAUUGCCUUGUCAUGAACAUCACAACACCAACACUGGGCUCUGACUCUGGUGCGAAAUUGCCCGUUAUGGUGUAUAUCCAUGGCGGAUCUUUUCUUUUUGGCGGUGCCAAUAAGGGCGUCUUCGAUUGCGUCAACUUGACGACCUUUGCUGCAGCCCGCAACACUCCAGUUGUCACAGUCAACCUCAACUAUCGUGUCGGCCUCGGUGGCUUUCUCGCAUCGGCCGCAAUCAAGCAAGAUAUAGAGCGCGAUGGUCUUGAAGGCGUAGGGAACUUUGGUCUUUACGAUCAGCAGGUUGCUUUGCAUUGGGUGAAUCGAUACAUAGCCUCUUUUGGCGGUGAUCCCGACAACGUCACUAUCUACGGCGAAUCUGCUGGAGGGAUGAGCGUGUCUCACCACAUCGCUGCUAAGAAUCCGGCGCCCUUCCAUCGCGCCAUCGCCAUGUCUGGUCAUUUGAACACCGUCCAGACUUGGCCAUUGGAGCACCACGAAAAGCAUUACCGCGCUUUGUUGAGAUACCUUGGUAUUGAUGCGGGCGCACCUUCUGCUCUCGAUCAGCUUCGAAACGUCCCUGAGGCUGUCGUCGCUGCUGCAACGAUCCCAGUGGAGGGCCUCCUCAACGCCACGGGCAAUCCAUGCGACGAUGGUGUUUUCCACAAGACGAAACCUACCGCCAACGGUAUCACUUCACCUCCGGCGUGGCUUAAGAGCUACAUGGUUGGAGAUACCACUGACGAGGCGAUGAUUUUCACUGAGGAUCUUGCUGAGGAGACCUUUGACUCUUGGAAAACUGGCAUGAAUAAGUUCUUGAGUGAAAAGGCUACUGAUGAGAUCCUUGAUCUCUAUGGCGUCACUCCUGAUCUCUCGAAAGAGGAGCUUCUGAAAGCCCUCGAAGACAUGACAGGCGAUUCAGUCUUCAAAAUCCACAACUGGAUCGCUGUUCACCGUUCAGAUAUUCCGCAAACCUUUGGUUAUCACUUCGACCAGGUGUGCACUCAUGAUAGCAUGUACAAGGGUCAAGCCUACCACGCACUCGAUCUACUAUAUGUCUUUCUCAAUUUCGACGAGAGACUGACUCCAGGCCAGCAAAAGCUUGCAAGAACUAUGGCUGGUAGCUUUAUCGAUUACUCCUACGGCAAAGAUCCAUGGCCUCGAGUCGCCGAUGGUGAUCAAUGGAUGAGGUUUGGACCAGACGAGACUAGCAAAGUCGUUACGGAAGCUGAGGAUGAGAAUGUGCGAAAGUAUUCUCGUAUGCAGAAGAUUCUUGAUAUGGGUGUGCUGGAAGAGCUCAUACUGGCUAUUGACAAUCUUGCCUACCUCGUCAGUUUAGUGAGGAUAUCAAGGCCGAACCAGUAG